CUUCACACCGCAACAUUGCGCGUGUGCUUCCAUAUACCCCUCAAUGUGUUCAGCAGCUGAGCGGUAGCAUGAAGAAUGGUCAUUUGCAAAGCCCCGGUUUGGGGCUUGGGGCGGGUUUCGACGAAACUCCCCAGGCUCGAUAGCACGAGCAGCGUCGCUGAGAAGACUUUCACUUCGCAUUUGCACACCACGGCAUGUCUCAAUGCAUUGAACAUACGUAGAGCAUCGAGCUCUGCCAAAGAGCGGCAGCGCGCUGAACGCGACCAAUUGACCCGCCUGCUCAAGGAAUCCGACGCCAAGCGCGACGCGAGAAAUUAUAUCAAGCACUUCGAUGUCACGAAGAAGGCGCCUGCAGAUGCUGUACCGAAAGCCAGACAGGCUGUGAGCGCCAUUCUCCACAACGACCCGGCCACAGCGCUCACCGGCGUGAACCUCGGCAACCUAUACGAGCCCACCAUCUUCACGCGCGAACAAUUGCCCGAAGAGAAAUUCAAAGAGAGUUCAGAUGAGCCAUUACACCUCGCACUGGUCAAGAUACGGCAGCCACAGGCCCUUGACGACGUCACACUGGGCGGCAUUGCUUCGACGCUGAGUCAAUUGGCGCAACUGGGUCUGAGCACAGCAGUCGUGCUGGACUGCGACGACGAUGCCUUUUGCGACACGGCACACGCACGACCGCCUCUCGAGCAGACAAUCAGAAGGCAGGCGACGCGCAUGGUGGCUGCUUUGCAGAAGUACAACGAGCCCGGCGCCCUGCUGGUCGAGCACGCUUUGAGCCAUGCGAGCUUAGGGGGAGACAGGCUGAGCACGGCGCAUGUGCGGGGAGAUGUGGAAGUCAAGGACAACUACCUCCUCUUCCCUCCAAUUGACGAUGGCGUCAUACCCGUCAUACCGCCUUUCGCAUACGACUCAGAUCUGAAGAGGGUCACUGUCUUGGCCGACGAUGUGGUUUUGGCGUUGGUUCGAGAAUUCGCUGGUCUUACAGGCGGAUCCAGUAGCAGCACUGAGAGCAACACGCAUAGCCGCCAAGAUGUGUAUGACCGGCCCAUCUUGGACCGCAUCAUCAUUCUGGAUCCUCUGGGCGGCAUUCCUUCCCAGAACAGAGCAGACGGUGCUCAUGUUUUCGUUAACCUCGAAGCUGAGUAUCGCGAUAUCAAGGGUGAGCUAGCCAAGGUUUCGCUGGAUGCAAAGUCGAUGGCCGGUGAAGGAGGGCCAGCAUCACUUGGCAGUGGUAAUCCAUUCUCACAAUUUGUCGAGAACGUGGUCGCCCCUCUGCCAGGUCGUCCAAAACAUCAGAUCGGCGACAUCCUGCCUCCCGAUCGACACACAAAGAACCUCAACGUGGUUGAGCGAGCGUUGAAGCUACUCCCGCCGUCGUCCUCAGGUCUCAUCAUUACUCCCACCGAGGCUGCUACCGAAUCACUCCCCGAACCCGACGAGUCCGGCCGCAGACCAAAGCCAUCCCCCAACCCAUUAAUCCACAACGUCCUGACCGACAAACCGAUGGUCUCAUCCUCCCUCCCAACAUCCCCAGCAAGUCGCCUGCACGGCCUGCACGCCCCAAACCCCUCCACCUUCCUAAAAAAAGGCAUCCCCCUAACCAUGAUUCCUGACCCACGCGUCUGCGGCCCCUGGCAACCACCCUCAACCGGCUACCCCAGCAUCGACCUCGCCAACGACCCGCGCAUCAACUUGCCAAAACUGGUAGAUCUCAUCAACGACUCCUUCCGCCGCAAGCUCGAUCCAAAGGACUACCUAGCGCGCAUCCAUGGCCGCGUGGCUGGCGUAAUCAUCGCUGGUGACUACGAGGGCGGCGCGAUAUGCACGUGGGAGACGCCCUCGACACUGCGUCAACACCAGUUCGGCUCCGCCAUUGAAUCGAAAGACACGGAUUCGCCGCACUGGGUCCCCUACCUCGACAAAUUCGCCGUCCUCACAUCGUCGCAGGGCUCAGGUGGUGUGAGUGACAUCGUCUGGGCCGCGUUGGUCCGGACGUGUUUCCCGCGCGGUGUGGUGUGGAGGAGUCGAACGAGUAAUCCGGUGAAUAAGUGGUAUCAGGAACGGAGCACGGGGAUGUGGAAUCUACCCGACGGGCAGUGGACGAUGUUCUGGACUGUUGAGGGGGUGACGGCGGGGUGGGGAGGCGUUGAGGGCAGGGAGCAGGAGAUGAGGAGGUGGGAUGCGUAUGUGGAUGUUUGUUCGGGGAUUGAACCGAGUUGGUUGGAUGGGAAAAAACAACUUGAUUAA